CUAAGAGGUGUUUGUUUAACAGCAGGGCGAAGAAAGAAACGAGUUGUUUGAGAAUGGCAAAAACUGGUGCAUCCAAACGCAAGCGAGCGAAUGUGGAAGAAGACAAAGAACAACCAGUUGAAGUAAAGACCAGAAAAGGCAGCAGAGACAAGGCACCAGUGGUGGUGUUCGCUCAUGGUGCUGGUGCCCCUUCCACUUCAGAUUGGAUGAUUAGAUGGAAGGAAUUGUUGGCCAAAGCACUGAGUGCUGUUGAAGUAGUAACUUUUGACUAUCCAUAUAUAUCUGGAGGAAAGAAAAGGGCCCCUCCUAAGGCUGAAAAAUUGAUAGACUUUCAUUCUGAUAUUAUUAAGAAGGCUGUCGCAAAAUACCCAGAUCAUCCCCUGAUUUUGGUAGGGAAAUCUAUGGGCUCAAGGGUUAGCUGCAUGGUAGCUGGAGGUGAACACAUUUUUGCUUCGGCUGUAGUUUGCUUGGGAUAUCCACUAAAGGGCAUGAAGGGAGCUGUUCGAGACGAUACACUCUUGCAACUUAAGGUUCCUGUCAUGUUUGUACAGGGUAGCAAAGAUGCACUUUGUCCGCUAGAAAAGCUUGAGGCUGUUAGGAAGAAGAUGACUUCUUUGAAUGAAUUGUAUGUGAUAGAAGGGGGUGACCACUCAUUCAAGAUUGGCAAGAAACAUCUGCAGUUAGAGGGGUCUUCUCAAGAAGAAGCUGAGGAGUGUGCUGCUAAUGCCAUAUCAAAGUUCAUAUCCGGGCUCAUGGAAGGAAGGUGAAACCUCUUUGUGCCAGUAAUCAAGUGGAUCAGAAUGUGUUUUGCAUGCGACUUAUAGUUUGUCUUCGAGCAUCCUUUUGGAAGAAGUUCAUCGCUAGAAUGAUAACAAAUUCACAACGGAUACUGUUACUACCUUUUUGUGGUAUCUGUUGAUAUGUUAUCAUGCCUUAUGAAGAUUGCUUACUUCUAAUCUUGUAAACCCACUUGUUAGUUAGUUGACGUAGUGUUCUUCCAGAACUAGAAUAUUGUGUAUGCUCUCUGUUUGAGAACUGAUUAUGGUGUUAGUCUAUGUCAAUAUUUUAUAUCUCA